AUGAUGAUUAAAAAUACUAUUAUCUGGCUCGAUGCAAAUUCUUCGGAUCCAGAAAGUAGUUUCCAUACGAAACUAGGAAAUGUCCAAACAUUUAUAGAUGUUCAAGACUGUAUUAAAUAUAUUCAAUCACAUUCAAAUGAAUCAAUUUAUCUUAUUGUCUCAGGUUCACUUGCAAAACUAGUCACACCGGAAAUUUAUGAUUGUUCAAAUCUUAUACAAAUCUUUCUUUUUUGUGGAUCAGUAUCUACUUAUGCAGAGUGGGCAAUGGAUUAUUGUGAUAAAAUGAUGAUAUUUGAUCAUGGAGAUGAUCUUUUGGAACGAUUAUGGAAUGAUUUAGAAAGUAAUUUACGCAAACAAGCAAACCUUUAUUUGAAAUAUGCGGAAGAACAUAAACAGCGAGCUUUGAAAUAUAAGCAAUCAGCUUGUGGUUAA